GCUACCAUGGAAAUGCUAUGAGGCUUAUUUGAAAAUCUGUAACUACGUUAGACAUUAGUGAUAGACAAUAUACAGAUGACUUCACUUCAAUACUGUUUGCUGCAAACUAAAAACAAUUUUUUCCAUUGCAUAAGUGCAUAAUAUAUAAUAUAUAUCCGCAACCACUAUAGUGGUUGUGGUUUUCUUUCUUAAUUUUACUUGGAGUUUGCAUGAAAUCGUGUCUUCAUGGAUGAAAGGAUUUCAGGUUUUUCUAUUCCACAGGAAGUCCUCCUAAGAUAUGGAGGGAUGUAAGUUGAGUUCUCUGGGUUUAAUUUCUACAUGUGCUGUAGCACUAAUAUUCAGAAGGAAUACUUAUAUAGUGAAUUGCAGUCUCUAGAUUUUGUCUAUAUACCAAGCUUCCUGAGAUCUCAGAUAUCUGGCAUCGACUCUUUGUAUCGUUAUGGCGUUUGUCAAUCUCAUAAAGUAAUUAACAAUGAGAGUUACGAAUACUUCGUGUGUCCCUCAGUGCUUCAUACAAAGUCUAGCUCGUUCGAUAACGAGCUCCGGUUUUGUUGUGGUGUUCCACCUCAGCAAUAUUGUUGUUCAUCAUCUCAGUUCGCAUCUGGGAUUCAUGUUGUACGAUCAGAUCUGUUAAUUUCACCCUCUAUUGUUAUUGGUGCUGGUAUUGGAUUUCUUCUGCUCGCCGUUUUCAUAAUUAUCUACACAUAUUCAAAAUUAGCAUAUGGAUUCCGCCAGAGAUCUAGUAAACUGUUUCAUGAAACAAACUGCGUCGCAUAUGGUCCAAAUAUUCCACGUCAACUAUUGCAUGGUUCGGAAUUACCUCUUUCAUCGGAUUUAGAGUCUAUUGAACCUCCCAAGAAAGUUUUACUAUCUAGUAGUCGACUGACGAAAGUCUUCCCUGGAAAUAUGAACAAUGGCAGUCUCUCCCUAAAUGUAAACAAUGCAUCACUAAUACCUCAUAAUAAUUCCAAAAGUGAACGAACAGCUUCAGUCAGUAAUAAACCAAAUAGUUCUCGUAAACUAAAUGCAAACUCUACUCCUAUUAAAGCUCGACCUGUUGUACGAAAGAAGAGAUAAAACACAUCGUUCUGAAUUUUUUGAAUUUAUAUUCAAAUUUGUUCGCUUGAUGAUAUCUCCUUUUGGAUUAAUUCUUUGUAAUGAUCAGUGAUAUUUAAUAUACGGGCUAUGGGACAGUGCAACUGUUCAUUUCUCCACUUGGAAUAAAAGGUUAAUAAACAUUUCUCAUGAAUUUCAUAAAUAAAGUUUUAC